AUGAACAAUAAAUAUCCGACCGGACGUUUAGUGAUUCAGAUUCUGUGCAGCAGUUGCGCGGCCGACGAGAUACUCUAUUGCUACGAGUGCUACGAGAGCCCCGGCUCGGACUCUUGGUCAAAUCCACUUCCUGUCUGCUCCAAGCUGAGAAAAACGCCCGAGUUUACAACACCCUGCCCCAACUCGACAAUGUGCCAAAAGACAAUGAGCACGAUAUACCUACAAAGCGGAGAGAAAUGGGCGAUCGAGCAGCGAGGCUGUGCAAAUCAAGUUCAAAUAGAAACAACACUAGUCGGUAGACAGUACGAGGACACUGCAGUCAUAGGAGAGCCCUACGAAGAGGGCUGCACCCAGUUCGAUUCAUACAACAUGCUGACAUCCACCAUCGAGCAUUGCUUUUGCCGGCAAAACUUGUGCAAUUCGGCGACUUAUCGCGACCUCGGCGCCCCAACUUUAAUCAUAUGUGUGUUGUUCCUGUUAGGCAAGCUACGAUAA